UGCUCUUCCUGUUGCUUCCUUAAAUAUUUCGGAGAGUUUUGAGGGUCAUCUGUUGCCGGUAAAGGCAAUGGAAGUCAGCGGCCAACUUUGCAUCCGGCGCUGGUCGACGAGGCACGUAGCCAAAUGGCUGAAGGAUGAAGGGUUUUGCGAAUAUGUGGACGUUUUGUGCGACAAGCACAGGCUGGACGGGAUCACGUUACUGACCCUGACCGAAUAUGACUUGCGGUCUCCUCCCCUGGAAAUCAAAAUUCUGGGCGACAUCAAGAGACUCAUGCUCUCCAUACGCAAACUGCAGAAGCACCACAUGGAAGUUCUGGAAGAGUUGGGAUACAGCAGCGAAGCCCCCCUGGGCUCUCUCUCGCCCGCCGCCUCCCCUCUCCAGGGAACGGACUGGUUCUGCAAUGGCGAAGCGCAGCGGGACUGCGACGACUGCGAGCCCGUGGUCGACCUGAGUGCUGAGCCGUACCAGUACGCCAACGGGAAGAACAAGCACCCUCCGCGGAGGCUGGACCCCGAGUACUGGAAGACGGCCCUGGGUUGCAUCUACGUCUUCAUCGUGUUCGGCUUCACGUCGUUCGUCAUGGUCAUCGUUCACGAGCGCGUGCCGGACAUGCAGACGUAUCCGCCGCUGCCGGACAUAUUCCUAGACAGUGUUCCAAGGAUCCCUUGGGCUUUUGCCAUGACCGAAGUGUGCGGGGUGAUUCUCUGCUACAUCUGGUUGCUUGUCCUCCUCCUUCACAGACACAGGUCUAUCCUUCUGCGGCGAAUGUGCAGCCUUAUGGGUACCGUAUUUCUGUUGCGUUGCAUUACAAUGUUUGUCACCUCUCUGUCGGUACCAGGCCAACACCUGCAAUGUUCUGGAAAGCUGUACGGCAACGUGUGGGCGAAACUUCAGCGAGCCUUUGCGAUUUGGAGUGGGUUUGGCAUGACACUGACCGGAGUGCAUACCUGUGGGGAUUACAUGUUCAGCGGUCAUACCGUUGUCUUGACGAUGCUGAACUUCUUUGUCACAGAAUAUACCCCAAGAAGCUGGAACUUCUUGCACACCCUGUCCUGGGUGCUGAACCUCUUUGGGAUCUUCUUCAUCCUGGCCGCUCACGAACACUACUCCAUCGACGUCUUCAUCGCCUUCUACAUCACCACCAGACUCUUUUUGUACUACCACACCUUGGCGAACACGCGGGCCUAUCAGCAGAGCCGGAGGGCCCGGAUCUGGUUUCCAAUGUUUUCGUUUUUUGAGUGCAACGUCAACGGUACUGUUCCCAACGAGUACUGCUGGCCCUUUGCGAGGCCGACUCUGCUGAAAAGAUUGAUUGGAUAAAGAGGAGUGGGCUUCGCUCACGCUGGCCUGAAGUGGUUUGUGACUGGCUUGCUACAAGAACGGCUGGGGAAAGAAAGGAAGAAGGGGAUUCCUCUGGCCCCCGUGACCGUCCUGUACCCCCCCGGCCCGAGGUGUUUCCCACCAGGCCAAGAGAGGCCGUUUGUUGCUUAACAUGCCGUGGGAGUGGUUACCCAGAAUGAGGCUCUGUAUUAAAUACAUUUAACAUUUAGGUUGCUACUAACUCAACUUGUUUGUUGUAGGCCUCCUACUGAAGGUAAAGGAAUGGCCUCGGAUCCAGAUUAUCCUCAAGUACUACCUAGUUAGGGUUUGGUUUGGUUUCUUUAAGCGGACUAGCUAAUGCAAGUGUCAUAGUUCUACAGUGUUCGCUGAAAAGGAGAGUGAAGGUAUGUUUUGGGAGGUGGGGGGGGGGAGAGAACUUGGCACCUUCAGAAAGAGGGGGUCUUUCUCCCACAGAUCGGAGCAGGACGAGACGUGUCCGUUGCAGGAGGGGCAUGUGAGAGAAGUGAUGUCACACACACACACGCCCUGGCGCUUAGUACCACAAAGGGGACAAUGAGGUGGGCGUAACUGGUUAGGGGGAAAUGAUUUUAUAGCGUCCUGAUGCCCAGCGGUUUCCUUGUUUACAUUUCAGUAACUCUGUUAGAAAUAAAUGUUUUAUCUUUUGACGAUGAGGUUGACUUCGUCUUAGUGCCACAUACUCUUCCUUUGUGAGGCAGUAUGAAACCCGCCGCGGCCUAUGCCGGCUUUGAAAACGACGCUGCUAGCAGACUAGAGCAACGCUGACUGAUAGAAUAGUGGGUCAAGAGAAGAGCAGGUUUUUAACUUUGUUUUCGGGCGGAGGUGUUAGACGUCACUGACUUUUGGCAGUAGAGC